UUUGUAAAUAGUUGUUAUUAUUUCAUUCUGUGAGUCAUCUCAAACUUGAAUAAGAUAAAUUAAAUUGCAUAUUCUACUGUAAUCUCUAUUCCAUCUCAUAUUUUGUAUUAAGAACGUUAUUAUUAGUGUAUUAAAAAUAUUCAACUAUCAAAAUGGGCAACGAAAUGUCUUCAUCUGCAAUGGAAAAACAUCUGUUUAAUUUGAAAUUUGCUGUGAAAGAGUUGGAAAGAAAUUCAAAGAAAUGUGAAAAGGAAGAAAAACUAGAAAAAGAGAAGGCAAAGAAAGCAAUACAGAAGGGUAACAUGGAGGGUGCACGAAUACAUGCAGAAAAUGCUAUCCGACAGAAGAAUCAAGCAUUGAACUAUCUGAGGAUGUCAGCAAGGGUAGAUGCGGUCUCUAGCAGAGUUCAAACAGCACUCACAACUAGAAAGGUUACAAACUCAAUGGCAGGUGUAGUAAAAGCUAUGGAUGCAGCAAUGAAAUCAAUGAACUUGGAGAAGAUUUCGAAUCUUAUGGAUAAAUUUGAGAGCCAAUUUGAAGAUUUGGAUGUCCAGUCGUCGUACAUGGAGAAUGCUAUGUCACAAACAACCACGACCACUGUACCACAGGGUGAUGUGGACCAAUUACUACAGCAAGUAGCGGACGAGGCUGGUCUGGAGUUGAAUAUGGAACUCCCGUCAGGCGUCCCAAGCACCUCGAUCGGCGCAUCCACCGUCGUGUCGCAAGAACAGGACGAGUUGACGCAAAGACUUGCAAGAUUACGACAAGCAGAGUAAUAUAGGAUGUCUAUUUUGUACAGUACCCAAUACUGGGUUAUAUAGUAAACCAAAACAGGUGUUCACUAUUUGUAUAUAAACAUUAUUUUAUAGUUUAAUUUGAAUAUGCUUGACUAUAGAUGUGAAGCUGGUUAUAAACGAUUUUAACCGA